UCAUUGGGCCAGAGUACGGCAAGUGGAUAGGGCCAACUGUAGUUAAGUUUUGAAUCUGGUCUCUAGGUUAGUGUUUUCCCGGGGUCUUGGUGUGUGUCGGUUGCUGGAAGUGAAAAUAGGCUAGAGCAUGUCCGCUUUCGAGAAGCCUCAAAUCAUUGCCCAUAUCCAGAAGAGCCUCAACUACACAGUGUUUGACUGUAAGUGGGUGCCCUGCAGCGCCAAGUUUGUGACCAUGGGCAACUUCGCACGGGGAACCGGAGUAAUUCAGCUGUACGAGAUCCAACAUGGGGACCUGAAGCUGCUUCGGGAGAUUGAAAAGGCCAAACCCAUUAAAUGUGGAACAUUUGGUGCAGCAUCUUUGCAGCAGAGAUACUUAGCUACUGGAGAUUUUGGUGGAAACCUUCAUAUAUGGAAUUUGGAAGCUCCAGAGAUCCCAGUAUAUUCUGUCAAGGGCCAUAAAGAAAUUAUAAACGCUAUAGAUGGUAUUGGAGGACUAGGAAUCGGGGAAGGUGCGCCCGAAAUUGUGACUGGCAGCCGAGACGGAACUGUGAAAGUGUGGGACCCAAGGCAAAAAGAUGACCCUGUUGCCAAUAUGGAACCUGUAAAAGGAGAAAACAAGAGAGACUGCUGGACUGUGGCAUUUGGCAAUGCUUAUAAUCAAGAAGAACGUGUUGUUUGUGCUGGCUAUGACAAUGGGGAUGUCAAACUGUUUGAUCUCAGAAAUAUGUCACUGCGGUGGGAGACAAAUAUAAAAAAUGGGGUGUGUAGCUUGGAGUUUGACAGAAAAGACAUAAGUAUGAAUAAGUUAGUAGCUACAUCUUUGGAAGGAAAGUUUCAUGUUUUUGACAUGAGAACACAGCAUCCUACCAAAGGUUUUGCCUCUGUUUCAGAAAAGGCUCAUAAAUCCACCGUGUGGCAGGUCCGACACCUGCCACAGAACAGAGAGCUCUUCCUGACAGCUGGCGGUGCCGGCAGCCUGCACCUGUGGAAGUACGAGUACCCUGUUCAGAGAUCAAAGAAAGACGCCGAGGGAGUGGAGAUGGGGGUGGCGGGUACGGUCAGCCUGCUGCAGAACGUCACGCUGUCCACCCAGCCCAUUUCCAGCUUAGACUGGAGCCCGGACAAAAGGGGCCUUUGCGUCUGCACUUCUUUUGACCAGAUGGUGAGGGUACUGAUCGUUACCAAACUCAAGACAAUCUGACCUGCAGGCUUUGGACUUGAACAUUUCUGGAGGGACACUUGUACAAUUUAGGAUAUAUUUUGGGAUCUGCUGACCUCACUGAACGAGCUGGAUUUGGCUGAUGAACAAGGCUCCAGACAUAAACCUUGAGCCUCUCUCCGGGUGCAUUCAGUGAUGGGACUGGACACUGGCCUCCUGCUGUGCUUCAAAAACCAGGUCUCUAGGUCCAGCUGGCUUCCUCUCCCCUCCAUAAUACAAAGUCAGGAGCCGGACGGGGGUGCAGACCUGCAGUCUGCAGUUCAGGAGACCGAGGCUGGAGGAUCUCAUGAGUCUGAGCCUAACCUGGACAACUCAGUGAGAUCCUGUAUCUAAAUAAAUAAAUACAUACCUAAAAUAGCCAAAGUACACAGUUUUUGAUAUUUAAACAUACUUUAAAUUUGUUCUCUAUCCUCCAAGUUCCAUAUUUUGUCUUUGUGCUAAUGUUGCAUUUUAGUGUUUGUAAUGUUAUGAUUGAAGUCACUUCCUUUUGUUUAGCUUAGUGAAUUAAAAUUCAUUAGUCCAUUUUGAGAGAUUUCAGUGUAAGUUUCUGUUGAGAAUAUUAUAAAGUACAAAAAUGGCACUGUCAGACUGGAUUUAUGUAACUUAAACAGUGUAAAUCAUAAAAAGAAAUACCAUGAUUUAAAAAGAUCCCCUUGUACCUAAAAUGCAUGGAUUGAGUUACAUGUGAAACUGGGUCGUGGACUGAUAAAUGACCAUGAGAUAUAGAAGAUUGUGGGGAUUAUGUGGCCUUAUUUAUUAUUUUUUGUUAAACUUUUAAAAUCUAUUUCAUAAAUAAACUUCUGUUUUUUAA